UGGCGAACCACAGUAGUUGGCUUCUGCUAGGCUUACUCGUACUUGCCACUUCCGAGCUCCUCGCAUCUGCUAGCUUUGUCCCCGACAAAUUCAACCGCACCAGUUUUCCAAAAGGUUUUCUUUUUGGUGCAUCAUCAUCUGCUUAUCAAUAUGAAGGUGCUCCAAGCUCGCGAGGCAAAACUAUAUGGGAUGAUUUUGUUCGGGAUUUCUCAUGUCUCUCCCUUCUCUCUCUCUCUCUCUCCAAAGCCCAACACCCCCCCCCCGGGGCUUCAGUGGUUUAAAAUAGCGGAUGGCAGCAAUGCGGACGUGGCGGAUGAUUUUUAUCGUCGUUAUAUGGAGGACAUAAAACUGAUGAAAUACAUUGGCAUGAAUGUCUUUCGAUUUUCUAUUUCUUGGGCGAGAGUAUUACCUAGUGGAAGAGUGAGAGGAGGAGUGAAUCAGAAAGGGGUUGAUUUCUAUAACAGACUUAUCAAUAAUCUUAUAGCAGAUGGUAUACAACCAUUUGUCACACUUUCUCAUUUUGACCUCCCCCUAGCUCUAGAGAAAGAAUAUGAGGGCUUUUUGAGCCCCAAAAUUGGGGAGGAUUUUGAGGCCUAUGCAGAGUUUUGCUUCAAGACAUUUGGUGAUAGAGUGAAGCAUUGGAUAACCUUUAAUGAGCCAUAUGUUUAUAUCUUUACCGGCUAUGAUGUGGGUGCAAUGGCACCCGGACGAUGCUCAGCAUGGAGGAAUAAUAGUUGUCCAGCUGGGAAUUCUGCCACCGAACCUUACAUAGCUGCACACAAUAUGCUUAUUGCUCAUGCAAAAGCUGCCAAAGUGUACAAGGAAAAAUACCAAGCAUCUCAAAAAGGAGAAAUAGGAAUAACUUUGGUCUCUGGUUGGAUGUAUCCUUACACCAUAAAGGCCUUAGACCAAAAAGCAGCCGGCCGUGCACUUGACUUUAUGUAUGGAUGGUUUAUUCAUCCAUUGGUUUAUGGAGACUACCCACGAUCUAUGAAAGCUCUCGUGCGACAAAGGUUACCAAAGUUUACUUCUUCCGAGGCUAUGUUGCUGAAGGGUUCUUAUGACUUCAUUGCACUUAAUUACUAUAGCUCAAACUAUGCAAGCCAUGUGCCUUUUAGCAAUAAGCCUGCUCAUCUGAGCUUUUCAACAGAUAGUUAUGCUAAUGUUACAAGCGAGAAGAACGGAAAGCCAAUUGGUAAACCGCUUGGAAAUGGAUACAACGUUCCAGAUGGACUUAGAAAGGUAUUAGUUUACACCAAGGAGAACUACAAAAAUCCAAGAAUGUACAUCACUGAGAAUGGGGUGGGUAAUUACAAUAAUGAAACAGUUCAACAAGGCAUCAAUGAUCCAGAGAGGAUAGAGUACUAUCGUACCCAUCUUUUGGCCCUUAACGAAGCUAUUAAGGAGGGCGUUGAUGUGAAGGGCUUCAUGGCUUGGUCUCUUCUUGAUUGCUGGGAGUGGAGUUCUGGCUUUAACCUUAGAUAUGGUCUCACAUAUGUAGAUUAUAACAAUGGACAAAAAAGAUACCCCAAAGACUCGGCUAUUUGGUACAAGAAAUUCCUACUUCAUUAGUUGGAGAAUUGGAAGACAUGGAGUGCUUUCAUUUAGCUUUUAUGGUGUCUUGAGUUAAUCUUAUUAUGUUGUAAUAAAUUGAGGAUCAACUACUGAAGAUCUUCAUAAUUAUGUCCAGUUGUAUUAAUAAAUUUUCAAAAUGUAAUGUUCUUAGCUAUAUUUCUCCUUCUCGUGUAUUACAUAAUGUUAUUUUUCAUGGUCAAAAAAUAAUCUUUUUUAUUAGA